GCGGGUAAUAACAGUCCACGGAUAAUCCAUCGCUCCUCCAGUGCCUUACGCCGCAGAUCUCCUCCCGCCGUCUGCUCGCCGCCGAUCUCCUUCCUCCGGCCGUAUCGCGAGUCUGCAGGGCCAAUCUGCCGCUGCAACUGCUGCUGCUGUCUGGCCUGCUGCCAACAUCGCGAGCCUGCCGUGCGUGGUGUACGCCGCCGGCAAAGCCAUGGCGGCGGCGGCCCGCCGUUGUGCUAGGUCGAGUGUACCUUCUAUGAGCUUCGAAUGUGGUUCUGUCACACCUUCAAGAGUCAAACUCGCGCGCUGUAAGUGCCGUGUCUCGUCGGAGCGGGCUGUACUACAGAAAGAAAUCCGAGAACGCAAUCGAUCGAUUCGUGAUCGAGAAUUUGUUUCGUUCCUGUCAUCCUUCAAAGUACAAGCUUCUAAACGAUUGGCCUAUGACAUGGAUGAACAAUGGCCCCAUCAUUGUUCUUCUGACCGCGUCCCAUUGUCAAGUGCACAGCCAUCAAGUUAUAAGAGUGAUAUGAUGAAGCAAGUGCAAGGUCAUCAACCUCACCUGCCAUUAGAUCUGGAAAAUAAUGUUAAUCCCACUGGUUUAUCGGAGAAGGAGAUCGAAAGGAGACGGAAGAUCGGUGCUGCAAACAAGGGGAAGGCUCCCUGGACAAAAGGAAGGAAAUUAAGCAAAGAGCACAAGCAGCUCAUCAAGCAACGCACUAUCGAGGCUCUGAGAGAUCCCAAGGUUAAGAAGAAAAUGAUAGGACGUCGUCAAUUACAUAGACAAGUGAGCAAAGAGAAAAUAAGUGCUGCGUUGAGAAAGAUAUGGGAGAGGCGAAUAGUUUCUGUCAAGUCAAGACAGACAGUCCUUCAGAUAUGGUCAAAUAGUAUCGCCAGAGCAGCAAAAGAAGGUGGCCACUGCCAAGGUAAGCUGGAUUGGGACAGCUAUGGCAAGAUAAAGUCUCAGAUGAUAUCUAUGUUCCUAUGGAACAAAGAGAAGGAACGAAUAAUCAAGAAGCUUAAAAGGACAGUGACAAAAAUAGUAGCCAAGAAGCUUCAAGCAGCAGAGAGAAUGGAGCUACAGACUAGAAGGGCAAGGAAGUUGAAACCUGAGAAGCUAGUUCUACAAAAGUCAGAUGCUCAGCCGAGACGGGUGGUAGCAUCUACAAGACCAAAGCUUAAAGAGAGGCUCACCAAGUGGCAUGGUCGCAAAAAGGAACUUGAAAUUGUGAUAAGUCUACGGACAAGGAAAGGAGGAGCGGUGCGAAAGCCACCUGUCAUAAGGCGGAGAAGGGCGGUAGUGGAGAGGCGAGCUGAAGUGGACUUGGUGAUGGAGCCCGGGGUUCCAUCUGGUCAACUGAAGGAACUUCACUUGCCUUGCAAGGAUGGGCUCCCCUCGGCCGACACUUGACCUGAUCUGUUGAGCUCAUCCAGCUUAUGUAGAGUUUUAUUUCUUGCUUCUGGCCUCUGUUGAUGAUGUGUCAGGAGAUUGUGCAUUUUUCUUUCUUUUGCAUUAUCAUUCUGGAUUAUUUGUUUAUGCCAAUGGGUACAUUCUUUGGCAAUGUAUGAUGUUGUUUGAUGCCCUCUUUGGCAAUGUACGUUGGGGGUCACCAGCAUCAGAAGAUCUAUUUCGAUGUAUAGCUCAGUAAAAAAAAAUUCGCCAGGAUGUUUUGGAGAGAUUUCAUUGUCA